GGAGUGGAGGGCGCUUUGUGCACCGUGUCUGUUGCUGUUGCUGCUGCUUUUUAUUCUUUCAAUUUCGAAACGUUUGUGAGCGACUCGAGCUGUUUGUGAGAAGCGCAGACGCGUUUAUCUGGACACACAAUGACGCGUGCGCUCCCGUGAAACCAGCGGUCCACCGGUACUUUAUAUACGGGAGAAACGCACCUCACCGGAGCCAUGGGAGGUCAGAUGACGAGGAAUAGCUUCUACGACUCUGUGAACGGCCCGUAUCCCACAACGACGCACCGAUGCCAUCACAAGCCCAAGCGCUGCCCUCCUCUCCAGGCUUGUGUCCUGUCCUCCUCCCCCCUGCUCUUCCACCCCAGCACUAAAGGCUCCCAGAUCCUCAUGGACCUGACCCAGAGGAGCGUGAAGAGACAGGGGAGCUUCUGCAACGCCAUCACCUUCAGCAACAGGCCCAUCGCUGUGUAUGAGCAGGUCCGACUCAAGAUCACCAAGAAGCAGUGCUGCUGGAGCGGUGCGCUGCGUUUGGGCUUCACUUCAAAAGACCCAUCGAGGAUCAACCCUGACCACCUGCCCAAGUACGCCUGCCCCGACCUGGUGUCUCAGAGCGGCUUCUGGGCCAAGGCCUUGCCCGAGGAGCUCUCCAACGAAGGCACCAUCAUCUCCUUCUGGGUGGAUAAGAAGGGGCGUGUCUUCUACCGCGUCAAUCAAUCCAGCCCUAUGCUUUUCUUUAGCGGCGUGCACUUGUCCGAACCGGUCUGGGCACUCAUUGACGUCUACGGGCUGACCAGAGGAGUCCAGCUUUUGGACAGUGAGAUGGUCUCCAUGGACUGUCUCCGUCCCCGCACGUACGCCACCCACCGAGUGUCCAUCCAGCGCUCCAGACAGGACCCUCGCCUGUCCAUCAGCUUAUGUGAUCUCAGCCUACAGCAACACGAUGAGGAAGACUCCGAUGAAGACCAGCCAAUCAGCUCCAGCUCAUGCCAUGUCCCCCAAAACUCCCAGAAUUCCCAGCAGUGCUCCCUCCUCCCCCCACACCUAGACACGGACCUCCAAUUCCACCCAGUCCAUGGUAUACACACGAUGAUUCUCGACAAGCACACGGUCGCGAGGCUCGAUCACCGCGGCGAUGAACGCACGCUUGUUUUCACCAGCCGGCCAAUGAAAUGCUCUGAAACUGUAUUCCUAAAAGUGACGAAGGUGGGUGCGAAGAGACCGGGCGCGCUCUCGUACGGGGUGACGUCAUGUGACCCCAGCACCCUAAGGCCCAGCGAUUUGCCCUGUGACCCGGAGUCGCUGGUGGACCGGAAGGAAUUCUGGGCCGUGUGCAGGGUGGGGGGGCCCCUGCAGGGGGGUGACAUCCUGGGUUUCUCGGUGAAUGCGGAGGGAGAGGUGCUCAUGAGCCUUAAUGGGAAGAGCGCUGGCAUGCAGCUGUGUGUGGACAACUCCAGACCACUGUGGAUGUUCUACGGACUGCACGGAAUAUCGCAACUCAGGAUACUAGGUUCGUGCAUGUCAGAUAUGAGAGGGCUCUCGGUCCCCAGCUCUCCGUCCUGUACGCCCAACACUCCCACGAUGCUUUACAACAGUGAGUCCAACCUGAGCUCACCACUCAACUUCAGCCUGAACUCAAACUACAGCUCGGCCUUCUGCUCCUCCACAGGCACGACUCCGAGCUCCCCGUUCUGCAGCCUCCCGGAGUCUCCCACCUUCCCCUCCAACACGUGGAGCGACGAGUGCACCAUCUGCUACGAGAACGUGGUGGACACUGUGCUGUACGCCUGUGGACAUAUGUGUCUCUGCUACCCCUGCGGACUCAAACUCAAGAAGAUGUCCAACGCCUGCUGUCCUAUCUGCAGGAGGACAAUCAAAGACAUCAUCAAGACCUACCGCAGCACGUGAACUCCGCUCUGAUACUGCUAAAUACAAGCUUCAAAGCCAUCCGAGUGAUUAUCAGGCUGCACAGUGCCAUGAAGUCGUCAGGGUAUUUUUCAGACUUGGACUCGAUAUGCAACAAAAUGAAUCUUUACGUUGCCUUUGAAGAGGUAACGAAAGUCAUCUGCUUCACACGUCAUCGCAACUACUUAAAUCCAGUUGUCAGUGAGUCAGAGCGUUGCUGAGACUGCCCCGUAGGAGGUGUGGGCAGGAAAAGUGUCUGUGUUUGAGUAUAGAUCUGCAUUUAAGAAGAAAUUACUGAAUCAUGACGUGACGAUUUGACCAACGUAGCAUAACAUCAAAGGAAUGAGAUGACGAUUUGAUUUUUAUCACCAUAUUGGGCAGCCCUGUUUUAGGAUUUAAAUGCAGUAAUUCAAGUAAAAAAAAGUAAGUAACAUUAAAAAAAAAUAGAUGAGUUAUAACACAUUUAAUUUUACUGUCCUUAACUAUCAUAAAAGUUAACGGUCAUGGUUUAAAAAGAUUGGAAACUGAUGAAUUAGGUCAGUUAUUCAACCACAAACUCAUUUACCAUUUCACUCUGGCUCUUAAGUCUACUGGGAUCAUUUCAUUUUUAGUAAGAAUAAUAACAAAAAAUUGAAGUUUCAUCAAUAGACAAAGCAAAUCACAAAAUAUCGUUCCAACUAGUGACACAAACUUGUACCACAUUUUAAUGAAGAUCUAUUUGGGGCUUUAUGAUGUCCAGCUCAUCCUGUAGUAGAAAAAGCAAAGAUUUCACAUUUUGGAAAAGUAAUUUAAAUGUGUUUGUGUUAAAUGGCACUGCCUAAAACUCUUGUGUAUCUUUUUUUAUAAGUAAAAAAGGGAAUCGAAACACGUGAUGGAUCAAUAAGACAAAUAGAGUUGUAUUAUUGCGCUACUGGCUCAUCCUUGACUCUUAACAAAUCUGUAAUUACUUUGGGAGACGUAACAGUGCCCUAAUUUGGGAAACUCCAAACUUCCCUACAACAUAAACAGACAGACUGCUUUUUUUACGUGCAGCCCGACUCAGGAAAUCAAUCUUUUAUGAUGCUUACAUUUUCAGUUCAAACCAAAACAGAAUAUAUAUUGUUCCUAAUGGCCAGCCCACACCUUGACCCACUUUUGUCUCAAGUGUAAAUGCACGAGGAGAUGAAUAGUAAUCUAAAGAGGCGUGUGUCCUACUUACUGCCGGAGAGGACUCCAUUUUGUCGCUGAUAGCUCUGUGGCACUAUCACUUUUGAAGAAUGAAGCUGUCCAAAACUGAACCAGAGGAGCUUUAAUGCCCAAUAGCCCCAAGGAAAUCGUAUGUAAGAUGUAACUAUUCACUGUCUCUACAUAUCGGCUCCAAAAUGAGGCACCGAAGUCUACACUGAUGUUUUUUACUGUCCCGGGGAGCGCAUAAAUAGUUCACAUAACCCAUUUUUGUGAAAAACAGAGAUACAAUGCUGUCUGUCUGUUUUGUUGCAUAUAUAUUUUUCUCUUCAAGUUUCCCACUGUGCUUUGUGAACUAGAGGAAUAACAGGCAAAUGUGUUAAAAGUGUUGGCGUCUAUAGAAGGUCACAGAGGAAAGGAGGACUGUAAAGAAAGUCAAUUGGAUGUUGUUGCUGCAAAGAGGCGGUAUCUUGACCAGUUACUUUAUAUAUCUUAAAGUGACUUACAGUAGAAUAUACUGUAUGCUCUAGAGUAAAGAGUGCAACUGAGUCAAAAAGAGAAAUAGGACAGAGAAACAAUAGAUCAUGUAAAGGUGAUAUUAGGAAUGUAAGACGAGAUAAUAAUAUAACAAAUUACUGGUUUACAUUGGGCUGCUUGAUUUGUGAAGUAUAUGGUUAACGUCAGACUACAACUUUAAAGGUAGAGUAUGUAACUGUUAGAGCUAGACUUAUAUAAUGGUGGGCCAAUACAUCAGGCCGAUAUUUGUACUUUUUAGCAUAUCGGCUCUCGGCCUUUAAUGUCUAGAGCUGGACGAUGUAUAUUUUGGCCGUCCAACUGCCUAAAGAAUAUGAACAAAGCUUUAUUUAAAUACUUAAGAGUACGUCAUGUGCAUGAUUCCAGGGAUACGGGAAGUUAAAACCAUACUUCAGAACAUUCUGCAUAGAGAUAAAUAUGUUUUAAGCCAUUGUGUGGAAGAUUAUAGCCAAAGGAGGAAAUUUCCAUGGAAAUGAACUGGAGGAGACCAAAUAAGAGUCAAGUUUGUUUUUAAAAGUUUUUCAGUGCAAUAAAAAGAACCAAAAUGAAAAAAA